GGAGGCUGGAGGUGGAGAUGCGGGUGACAAUGCGUUCAUGUACGGUAAAAUCCUGUUGCUACGGACUAUUCUAGAAAUCUCACGGGAACGAGUUCCUGCCAGACCGUUGUAAGUUUCCUAGACAAUCAAGAGCGCAAUGGUAAUCAUGUUCAAUCUCUUGUCUUUGGCAAAGGAAUGAAUUCAUUCGGAAAUUUUGGACUUUGGUAAUUCUCUGGAAGUGUGUUGCGGGCCUACGUGAAGCCCUCCCAAAAUGAACUUCACCUUGGAGAAAUCUGGAUUAGCAACAGCCCACGACUCCCAUGAAGAUGAUUAUGUAUGGAGAAAGUCAUUAGGUGGCUCAAGCGAUGACGAUACACUUCUUACACAAGAUACUAGGAAAUUCAAACAGAGAAAGUCAUUUUGGAGACGGCAUGUUCGCGCCAUCUAUGUUCAUAUAGUCUUAUUUUCUUUGUAUUGCAUUACGGUAAUUACCCUGGUCGCUUGGAACUCGAGUCUACGGAAGGAAAUCUUAUUCUCUCCUGCAAACGAGGUACUGAAGUGGAAUACAGGUCCAUGGCCUGAGGGGGAUGGUUUGACUGAACCGUAUGUUGGAUAUCCAAGGCCAGAGCUAGAAAAAGCAUGGGAAGGAUUGUUAAAAAAUAUGAACAUCCGGAUAUCUAAGGAAGACGUACGUCGUUUUGGGCGAGAGGAAACCGCCAUUCCCUUACCGGAUGGCUCCGGGUACAUCGGAACUUUGAACGUUUACCAUGAAAUCCACUGCAUUAGGUGGCUUCAUAAACAUCUUUAUCAAGAGAUCUACUGGCCACAGCUCGAUGAUAUUCAGAGGGAGAAAAAUAGGGUUCAUAGUGAACACUGCUUGAGUACUUUGCGAAAAUUCGCUAUUUGCCACGGGGAUGUCGGACUUAUUACAUAUAGCUGGAACCCCCAUCAUGUAAAGCCAACGGCGAGGGCAACGGAACAUCGAUGUAUCGACUGGGAUAGGUUUUCGAACUGGACUGCCGAAAGAGCAGUCAAUAUGUUUGAGCCUGGAUACUUGGUGCAUCCUAGUUUAGGACCCGCAUACCCGGAUGGCGAGCCUUUGCAUGGUGGUCCGCGCUACGAGGAGCAUACUCUACCACCCGUGCCACCGGAGCAAUAGGGCGACAAUUAGUUUUUAAGUGGCUGUGUUAUUUGAUGUUAUAUGAGAUAGAUAUCGCUCAACUAGAGAAAACAAAUUUGAACCUGUAGGGAUCUGAGUUCCACAUGUGUCAUGUGUCUGUCGUGAUAUAUGGCAAAUAGAACCAUUCCCGGUGAAAAUUGUGCCCGCGGAGUAUCUAAUGGAUCGUGAUGGAACUUUGGGGCGCCGGGUUAUGGAUGUCCAUUUGGGUAAGCAGUCACUCAUAGAAAAAGGGGUCCAACUGUUCCUGUAAAUCUCAAAGGCUCGAUGUGUUAACUUGUAACCAAUUAAUCGAUAAGUUAUGGUAUAAUAUUAAAC